AUGGCCUCAAGAACUUCCACCCUAAAGUUCUUCUCACUACUAAUUUCUUCAUUUGCCAUUGUUCAAAUGGCAAUGGCAGGAGAUCCGGACAUUCUUACUGACUUCGUAGUUCCGCCAAAUGGAACAGUAGAUGGAAACUUCUUCACAUACACCGGCUUUCGUGUUCUUGUUGGAGGUGCUCCUCCCACAGCCUUCAAGGUAUUGAAGGCAAGCUUGGCAGAGUUCCCUGCUCUUAAUGGGCAGAGUGUUUCCUACGCUGUCCUUCAAUUCCCUUCUGGCACUACCAACCCCCCACACACUCAUCCGCGCUCGGCUGAGCUGCUUUUCCUUAUUCAGGGUUCCCUUCAAGUGGGCUUUGUUGACACCAAAAACAACCUCUUUACGCAGACGCUUCAGGUGGGUGAUCUGUUUGUGUUUCCCAAGGGACUUGUGCACUUUCAGUACAAUGCUGAUUCACAAAAGCCAGCUCUAGCAAUUUCUGCCUUUGGAAGUGCAAAUGCUGGACUUGUAUCCAUUCCCAGCACCUUGUUCACCACCGGUAUUGACGACAAUGUCUUGGCCAUAUCCUUCAAGACUGAUGUAGCCACCAUCCAAAAGCUCAAGGCUGGUCUUGCUCCCAAGCCAUGA